AUGCUGCUGAAUCUAUCAUUAAUAAGAAGGAACGUUUAAUUCAAUAAUUAGUAUAAAUUUAUGAAUCAAUCCUAUUUAUCUAAAGCCUUUUCUGAGAAUAAUUAAAUCUUACAGUUUGAAAAUGCUAGUUACUUACUAUAAAUCAAAAUAUACUUAAGUUACUUUGAAGAUAUCUCAAUGAUAAAGCAGGAAUUGAAAGAUUUAUAAUUCAAUCAAAAUAAAAGCAGCAAUUAAUUAUUAAAACAUAUUAAUCUUAAAAUGAUUCUUUAUUACAAAAAAACAAAAAUUCUUAUCAGCUUUGGUUUGGUUACUCUUCCAUAUAACUAACUAACUAACUAACUAACUAACUAACUAACUAACUAACUAACUAACUAACUAACAUAUAAGAGGAAAAGUGAGGUCUGGCGAUUGAUUUUUUAGACUAGCUUUUUAAAACAAAUUUAUAAUUUUCAGAAUUAUCUGACAAUUUGA